UAAAUGUUAUUUACAUUGAUGAAUUUUAUCUAGUUACUGAUUUAAAAAAAAAAACAUGUAACCAAACCUCAGAAACUGCUGCUGGUAAUGCGUUGGUUAACGGCAUGUCAAGAUUAAUCGGUGAAGAUACUUUUUCAAUUUUAGAAG